UUUGCUCUAAAUCAACCUUAGAGAAACAAAGUGAAAAUGUUUAAGUUUUUAAUUAUUUUAAUUUCAUUUGGAAUUGUUGCAUCACAACGUUCACAAUUCGUCGACUAUAUUCUUGAUCUUCAAUAUGCCGUUGGAUAUAUUCAUGAUGAAAUUCAAGACACAACAUGGCAAACUCGUUACGAUAUGAGCGAUGAAUUAACUGAAAUUGUUAAAGAUGCAAUGACUGAGAUCACUAAUGGUCUUACAACAUAUCUUGGUAUGAGAGACAGAUAUACCGGAUAUAUCGAAGCUAAUCGUACACCUGAAAAUACACAAUGCAUUGAUACAGCAAUUGCUAAUUGGCCAAGAAUCCAAAAUGCUGCUGGUGCUGCCAUUGCCGUUUGCGGAUCCAAUCCAAUGAAUCCAUUGCAUUUGAAUGUCUUUGGCUAUCAUAACUUUGUAAAUUCUCACAGACAAUUGAAGUUUGAUGCACAAAAUAUUGUUCUUAAUGCUUUUACUAAGGUCAAUCCAAUGACAAAUGUUAUGGAUCUCUCACCAACAGUCGAGCAAGACAUCAACACAAUCUAUGACAGAUAUCAAGCGGAAGUUGUUCCUGAAUUGACUACAAGAUUAGAAGGAUUUGCUCAACUUCGAUCGGAAAUUCCACCAGAAGUUCAUGAUUGUAUUGCAACAGCAUUAAACAACUUUAGCAGUCAAGCAGGAUUAAUCGUUCAAGCUUCAGCAUCAUGCUAAGUGCAAGUUAAAGAUAAAUGUGAAAAUGACUAAAGAUUAUACAACAAAAUUAAAACCAAUUGUAAAAAUUAUUGAGUAAGAGAAGAGAAAUAAGUUAAAAG